AUGGGAGGCAAGAAGCUCACUGCAAAGACCAUUCGAAGAAAGAAUGCCGCGACGCAUCCCGAUUCCAGAAGAGCUGCUCAGCUGCAGAGAGUCGCUCAUCGGCAGGAGAAAUUGAGCUCUCAGAGAAGUGACAGGAAGAAGGAUGUGGCCUCAAAGCGUGAGUGAGCUGGAUGCAGAAGGAGGAGAGCGGUGGGGCGGACGAAGAGGCGGGCUGUUGUCUUCGUGGGGACCAAAUCCCUGACAGCUGCGCUUCGCAUGCUUGUUCUGGGAGGCAAGCGGGCUGCCGACAGUGGGUGGAAGAUGCAAAUUUGACGUGACGCUCCCCACGUGUUCUUGCCUGCAGUGGAGAGGUUACGUGUGAUGAUCACGCUCUUGCCUUCAACAAUGACGCACCUAGAAGACUUGUCGAGCCUUCACGCGCACGUUCGCACAAAGUACCUCUCCCGUCAUUCGACCGACCUGCAAGCCUUCAAAUCGCAGCGCAGACAAGGUCGUCCACCAGACAUGCGAGAGGUUCGACUGCAAGAUGCGGUCAAGCGCGAUGAGGAAGAGUACAGGACUGGAUUGAUCGUGCCUGAUCUGUUGGACCGCAACAAUGUCGCAUUGUUGCGAAAGUGGGUCGAGGAGGGUGCGAAGAAUCAGCACCAGCUGGGUUUGUUCAGGUUCAGAAAGAUCAGCGCGCUCUAUCCGUGAGUAUGCCGAUGGCCAUGGGACGGUGCAGAGGAGCAGGCGCACCACCCAGAGGCUGAAGGCGAAAUCGCUCGCUCCGUAUCUCGUUCGCGCAUUCAGAGAUCAGUUCACCCUCGUCCAGGCUGGACUUCAUAAAGAUCUCGCGCCCACAAUAGAGGCCAUCGGUGAAGCUUCCGGAUCCGAACACGUUUUGGGUGACGACGAAUCCAGUGACGUGGAGGAGAAUGACCAGCGGGGAGACGCGCCGCAAGCCAUGUCUACGGAUGCUUGA